CGGUCGCUCAGUAAGUGAGUAUGUGUAUGUGUGCAUGCGGUCGGUCAUUUAGCGGCAUUCGAGUGUGACCCGACCGGUUGUAAUAUCGCUGGCGGCUUUGCAAGCUUAUUUGCGUCUCUACUCGUUAACUCAGAGUUGCCCGGCUUGGCGGACUAUAACUCUGGCUGGGCUGCAGUUAGCUUGGUCGUUUGUUUAGUUUGUUGUUUGAGCCUCAGUCGAUUUUGAAGCUCGUGCGCGUCGCGUUAGAGUUGCAAGCGCAAACGGAACGAAAUUACCGUGUAUUUGUAAUCAUUAACUGUACUGUUGCACUCAAAGAAGUGAGAAAAUAUGUAAAAUUUUAGUUAUAAAUUAAAAAAAAAUUCAGUAAAAAUUUGCUGCACAGCGAAAUUUUUUACCUCUUUCAUAACGAGAACUAGACACCUUAGACUAUGGUGACAACAAUAAAAAUCACCUGCGAUGGCGUUUUCAUCCAAUCCAAUUCGUAUCUCACGCCCACUGCGUCCGGCGGUAACCAUGUCGAGCAUCACCAUCAGCACAACAACGUUUUACAACAGCAUUCGCCAACUUCAGCAACAUCUUCUGCCACAGCAACAUCGUUUGCUAUUUGCAGUGACGAACCCAGCAACUCCGACUCGAGCUCCAACGAAUUUGAGCACACGCUGCGUCAAAGUUUAAAGCGCCUGAAUUCGCCGAAGGUUGCGCUCAUUUCGGCAACUAUUACCAGCUGCAACAAUAACAAUAAAAAUAGCCACUCAUACUCCUCCUCAUCACCAUCGUCCUCCUCAACACAAUCUUCCUUCAAUUCGCACAACUCAAACUCAUUGCAACGCCAACGUCGUCAGCGUCGCAGUAAUUCGACAAGUCCGCGCGACUCAUUCAAAUUCGUUCCACCAACGGCGGGUGCACUAACAUCGCACACCAAAUCCGCCGAUACGCGUAGACGCUACUACUAUAACGGCGUCGGCGGCGGCAAUAGCAACAUUUACUGGUGCAAACAGGCCAUCAUUGGCAGCGGCGACAGUUGCGAGCUUAAGAAAAGCGCACCGAGGCAUUGUACGCGCGUCGCCGAGCAUGCGCCAUUGAUACGCAGCGCCAGCAGUGUGGCGACACAUAAAGAAUUUCGAAACGCGUCCACCGCAACCACAGCAGCGUCGGCGGCAGGUGUGGCUAAAGUGGUAGCCGUACCUCGAGAAAGCUGUGAACGACAGUCACAAAUCAAUAAUCACAACAACAAAAGCUUUAAAACCACUAACAGCGACACAGCAGCGGUUUUGAUGGCCGCAAGCAAAACUGUGCCUGAAAACUUUAAUCGCAGUGACGACAAAGCGCCGAGAAACAACAAGAAAAACAGUCUCAGCGCUGACAGCGCAGUGAAAGCCGAAACAAAACAUAAAAAUAACAGCGAUAAUAAUAAAGUAGUAAAUAACACUACCGACUCCAAAGCAACUACCAACAGUACAGCACAACAAAGAACCGCCAACAAAGUGAAUUCACCAAAUAAUACCAAAACAAAUUGCAUUGCUCCUAAGAAUUCCAUUGAAAAUCGUAAUUCUAACAAUUCCCUUCUGAAAAGUGUGCCAACAAAGUGCGCGUCUUCACUUAGCAAUACCAGCAGCGUUUCAUCCACCGAUACGACGCGACUCUUUCAUUUUCUGCGUGCCGCGCGUAAGUUCUAUCGCCAUGCCGCGCAUGCGAACAGUGAAGUAGUGCAAACAAGUGUUACCAAAAACUCGAAUGUACACGCGGAAGCAGAUGAAGUUGAUGGUUCGCAACACAACCAACAACAGCAACGGCAACAGCAGACGCCUUCAUCAGCGUCGACGAAACGGCGAUCCUCCUUGGCGACCAUCAACGAUCCAGUGGCAAUUGCAAAAUAUGACAAAUCAUCAGCAGCGGACAGUUUAAGCCAAAUAACGGUGACAUUAAGUGAUGAUUGGUUUGACGAAGAAGCCUUAAUUUUGAAGGAGAAUCUACAGCCUCAGCGCUCGAGUGGUGAGCAAAAGCAGCAGAUAGAAGAGAAACAAUCGCCUGCUGCAGCAGCUUUAAUCUCCCGCCGUAGCACAAACGAAACAACAGCGACUGCCACAAAUACCGCAACACCAAUUUUAACGCCAGCAAUACCAACAACCAAAGUAACCUCAGCAACUCUGCAAAAGCCAAACACACCUCAAAUUAAACAGGAGCAGCAUAAACAGCGACCACAACUGAGUAGUGGUGGUGUUAAUAGCAACAACAAUAAAAACAACAGCAGCAGCAGCAGCAGCAGCAAAAACCGCAUUAACGAUAACAAACCAUUUAUUGGUACGAACCGGCAUCACUGCACCAGUAGUUGCCGCAACAACUGCAGCAGCGCAACUGCAGCGUCAGGCGCCUCAACCCACGCAGCGAACACAUCCAGUUUACAUACACAAACAACAACUGGUACAACGCCAACGCCAGCGACGUUAACGGCUAACACGCCGGCGUCGCCGUCUGCGUCCAUAGUCUCGCCGGGAGCGAGUGAAAACAACAAAGUGAUGAACAGUCACGCCACCGCGACUCAGCAUAACGGACAGACAACAGUGGUUGGACAUCAUCGCGGCUUCUCACAACCAUCCGUGACAGUGGCGGCGAAUUCAGCAGGCGAUCCAUGGUUUUUACAGUCCACCGGGCAUCAAAUGCCGCCCACAGCGCCUUUGAGACACAAUAAACGCCCCGCACCGCAGCCAAAUCAUGGUGGUGGUGGUGGUGGUGGUCUCGGUGGUGUGAGUGGCGGUGGUGUAGGUGCGGCGGGGAGUGCCGGCUUAGCGAAUGCUGGCAGCGUAGGUGUCAGUCUAUUGCAUCAGCAGCAGUUGAGUCAGUCGCAGCCCCACAUUGUACCGCCAAAUAUACCGCCGCAUCAUCACAAUAACGUGAAUCAGCACCACAACGCUAUCCAUUUGUCCUCGCAUGCACUUAAUAGUCAUAAUUUAAUAUCGGCAGCGGUUGGCAGCAAUCAUUCACCAAAAUCACCCAAUCAACAACAACAGCAGCAGCAGCAGCAACAACAUCAUCAUCAGACGCAGUCACAGCAGGCGUCAGCUGCACCGCCGCACACACAUACACAUAUAUUAUCCACCUUUACGCCAACUUCCGGCAAUUGUGCACCUGCGGGUGGCGUGACAGCUGCCGCUGUGGCUGCCGUUACGCAACAACAACAACAGCAACAUCUGCAGCUACUGGCAAAUGCCGCCAGCAAUAGCAACAACAACAGUCUGAUGUCGUCCUCACUGAAUGCGGCGCAACACAGCGCCGCCCUAUCAUUGCAUGAACGAGGCCUGCCGCCGAAGAGUGGCGGCAUUGUUGCUGGCCUUGGCAGCGCUCUACACAGCAGCAAUAUGCUGUUGCAUCAAACUCAAGCGCCCACAUCGCUUUCAAGCAGUCAACAGCAAACACAAUCGGCGAUAUCACUCAACACUGCUGGUGGCGGCGGCAGUAGUAGCAGUGUUGUUGGUGUGGGCGCCAGUGGCAACAGUAAUAUUACUGGCACCAGCAUGUCCACAUCUUUGCACAGCUUCGAUAGCGGCAGUGCGGCGCCUAAUUCAUGGACAAGUAGUACCAACGUCGCCGUCGCAACAUCGUUGCAUUCGCCCACCAACGCUUUGGUCGGCGGCAAUCAGCACCAUUUACAGCCUCAACGCAAGUGCGAGGUGAAACUGAACGCAAUGCCGUGGUUCCAUGGCAGCAUAACACGCGACGAAGCCGAACACCUGUUGCAGCCACGCGAAGAUGGUCUCUUUUUAGUGCGAGAAUCAACCAACUUCCCUGGCGACUAUACGCUAUGUGUCUGCUUCCAGGGUAAAGUGGAGCACUAUCGUGUCAAGUACUUGGGCAACAAAUUAACCAUCGACGAUGAGGAAUAUUUUGAGAAUUUGGGGCAACUGGUUGCGCAUUAUGAAGCAGAUGCAGAUGGUCUUUGUACUCAACUAAUAAAAUGUUUGCCGAAACAGGGUAGACAGGAAUUCUGCAUUAACUCAAAAGAUUUCCUCGACAAGGGUUGGGUUAUACCGGAGGCUGAUUUGCAGCUGCGUGAAAGUAUCGGCAAGGGUGAGUUUGGCGAUGUGAUGCUGGGUAUACUGCGCAGUGAAAAGGUCGCUGUUAAGAUGCUAAAGGAUGAGGGCGCUGUGCAAAAAUUCUUGGCGGAAGCCUCGGUCAUGACCACUUUGGAGCAUGAGAAUUUGGUUAAAUUUAUUGGCUUGGUGUUUACCAGCAAACACAUCUACUUAGUGACGGAGUAUAUGAGCAAAGGUUCGCUGGUUGAUUACCUACGUUCACGUGGGCGGCAACAUAUUACGAAAAAGGAUCAAAUCAAUUUUGCAUACGACACCGCCUCCGGUAUGGAGUAUUUGGAAGCUAAAAAAGUCGUGCAUCGCGAUUUGGCCGCACGUAAUGUACUAAUCUCAGAAGAUUGUGUUGCCAAAGUGUCCGACUUCGGUUUGGCGCGUGAGGAAUGUUAUAAUCUGGAUGUUGGUAAAUUACCCAUUAAAUGGACUGCACCUGAGGCGCUCAAGAAUGGUCGUUUCUCCAACAAAUCGGAUAUGUGGAGCUUUGGCAUUUUGUUAUGGGAGAUCUAUUCAUUUGGUCGAGUUCCUUAUCCCCGCAUACCCCUUAACGACGUCGUGAAACACGUUGAAGUUGGCUACAAAAUGGAGGCGCCAGAGGGUUGUCCAGCCGAAAUUUAUGAGAUGAUGCGUCAAGCGUGGGACUUAAAUCCCUCCAAGCGUCCAACCUUUGCAGAGCUGAAAAUAAAAUUGUUGCAUCUAAAGAACGCCACGCCAGCGUGAGAGCAUAAAUGCAUUAUACAAGUAUAAAAUGUAUGGCAGCUGGCAAAAAUUUAAUAAUAUAAAA